AAAAAAAAAAAAAAAAAGAAAAGACGAAGACGAAGUCCGGCAGUCAAACAGCAUCGGAGCAGAAGAGAGUCGAGAGGAGACAUUAGCUGAACGAAAAUUUCUUCAGAUCUCAAAUCCUGAUACCAUCAUGAACGUGUUUGACCGCAACAUCAACAUCGACGCUCUCUUCAAGUUCUCCCAAAUAUCUCACUCCACUCAGCUGCACUUGAAGAAUGUGUACUCCAGCUUGGCAGUUUGUAUGUUUGUGGCUGCAGCUGGCUCCUACGUCCAUGUCGUCACACGCCUCUUUCAGGGAGGCGUGCUGUCUGUGCUCGGCUCCCUGGGGAUGAUGUUCUGGCUGGCCAUGACACCACACAACUCUGAGACAGAGAAGAAGAGACUGGCUAUCCUCGCAGGAUUUGCCUUCCUCACAGGUGUUGGUCUUGGCCCCACACUGGACUUUGUCAUCUCUGUCAAUCCGAGCAUCAUCGUGACGGCUUUCAUGGGAACCUCUGUGAUUUUCAUUUGCUUCACACUCAGCGCCCUCUAUGCCCAGCGCAGGAGCUACCUGUUCCUUGGAGGCACAUUGAUGUCCGGCCUUUCCAUCCUGUUCCUCAUGUCUGUGAUGAACAUGUUCUUUGGAUCUCUGAUGCUCUUUAAGGCGCACAUGUACCUUGGGCUGCUCAUCAUGUGCGGCUUUGUCCUGUUUGACACUCAGCUCAUCAUUGAGAAAGCAGAGAACGGCGACAAGGACUAUGUCUGGCAUUGUGUGGACCUUUUCCUUGAUUUCAUCACCAUCUUCAGGAAACUGAUGGUCAUCCUUGCCUUGAACGAUAAGGACAAGAAGAAGGAGAAGAAGUAAAGGACGUUUGAGUAGCUGAAAAUUAAAAACAAUCUGUCAGAAAAGGCACAAUUUGCAGCGCACUUGGUGCUUUUCACUUUCUGUCUUCAUUUCUUGAAUUAACUCCUAUGUGGUCUUAUAUUAUUGAAAUUUUUUGAUUUAUUUUUGAAACUUACAACAAGGGUUGAAUGUAAGUUUAUGGUAUACUAAUGCUAGUCCAAUCUUGGCUGUGAAUGGAAAAUAGACUAAAGCUGCAGUGAGGAGGCUUGGCCUGUAGAGGGAAGCGUUGCUCUAUGAGGGCUUAGAAGCUGAACAGCACUUAAUUGAGGACUUUUAUAUUACUGUUAUUUAGUGCCAUAAAUUAAUUACAUGAUAGGCUCCUUUUAGUGGGUCGUGAGCUUCUGAGACUGAUAAUUGUUUCAUUUGGAGUUAUGUAAUUCUUUUUGUUGAUUUGCUUAUUUAUAGUUUUCCUCUGUAUUUUUCUUUAGUGGAGUGUCACAAGAUAUUGUGUCCCAUGACUCUGACAACAGAUCCCCCUUUCAGAAAUUUCCUGCUCGAUCGUUUUCUUUUCCCCCAAAUUUCGUUUAGUGACCGGCCGUUUGAGUAAGCAUGGCGAAGCCUGGUAAUGCCGACGCAAACCGUGACAGCCUGUCAGACAUGAUUUCCAGUAACUCAUUCAGAUGGACUUACGGCCACGCGGUGGUCUGGAUUUUGGAUUCUGGCUGGUGGAGGAGGAAGAGUCAGUGCCAUCUGUCCAUAUUUUUCAAAUUGGAGCAAAGACAGGCGAGUUAUUCACACCACUUCCCUUGUAAAUUUCUCCUAAUAUCUGUUGUCUAGAAAUGACUUUGCCAAAUGACGUGACGUACACCUUACAAUUUGGCAUCGGUAUCUUUUUUUUUUUUUUUGAAAGUGUAUACUGUGAAAAAUUUAUUUUAUUGAUGUAAAAUUGAAACUAAUAAUUUGAUACAUUUGCUCAAAUAAAUGUGUUGAAUGUAUUGAAAGAAA